AAAAAUAUAUAAAUGUCAAUUCGGCAGAUUCAUGCAUUACACUCAUUACACACAUUCAUAAACCCAUGCCCCAAACGUCCAUAAUCGUCCCACGGAUCCAUUUACCAUAGCUUAGAUUACAGAAUUGCAAGCCCGCUGACGCCGGCUCCCGUGAGUCGCGCUGUCAGCGGAGGGAAAUGCAUGACGUUAGAAAUACAAGAAAUAAGUCAGAUUCCGAACGCCGAGCGAGCAAGGCGAUUUUGAUAAAACCCUACUAUACCAGAACCAAAACAAUAACCAGCCAUGAACGCCACCGAGAACACCCCAGCUAAGGCGCACCAGAGAGCCGCUGCAUCAGCAGAGUCACUUGAAGUCGUAGACCUCACGGAUUUCUCCGACGCCGAGGAACCGGAGUCCGCUGCCAAGGCGGACGAGGAAGCCGCCCCGAAGCCAGGAGUAGCCGAAGAACCCCACACCUCCGAUGGGGACAUGUACGCAGAUAUGGAGCUAGACGCCGACGAGGCAGGGGCAGCCGACCACGAGGGUCCCCGAGACAGCCCCCGCUGUUCUCCCGCCGACCAUCCGGGUUCCGUCGGGUUCCGUAUAAACGACGAGCCGCGCCCUGCUCCCCGGAGCCAGGGUCACCGUCAUUCGAAGAGCAGUUCGAAGAUGCCGGAGUUUGAAGAUGCCGGUUAUCACCAGCGCCGCGAUCCCCGAACCGGCCGUGGCAUUUACCGCCCCGAGAGGGGGCUGGAGCGUUACACACCGAAACCAUACAACGCGUACUACGACGACGGGGAGAGCGAAGAGGAGGAACCCUACGGUCGGCAAUUCAUAGCCGAAACAGAGACCUUUCACCACACGGUCACGCCAUGGGGGUUACGCGUCACGCGUAACCACCAGAUGUCCGUAGACGUCUUUGUCCCUCCCGGCCGGAAUGUCAACGCGUUCUUCAGGACAUUCCGAGAAGCCGCGGAACCAAUCGACUACCGCUCCGAACCGGCCGCCCCAGCCAGGGCAAGCCCCCCGCACGCCGAAGCGCGACCGCCAACGCCCGCAUCGGAUCCUCCCCGAUGCCCCAAUCCUCCCGAAGAGUCGGCGGCGGCCACGCCCCCGCACGCCGAAGCGCGACCGCCAACGCCCGCAUCGGAUCCUCCCCGAUGCCCCAAUCCCCAGAAGAGUCAGCGGCGACCACACCAACGCACGCCGAAGCGCCCCACGCGGAGGCAGCGCAAGGCCCUCCCACUGAAUGGCCCACCGGGGCUACAGAAGAGGGAAACGCCGCUCCGGUUCGACAAGCGGAGCUGA